CACCUGCUCGCCAUGAAGCUCACCGGUCUGUUGUUGUCGCCCUUCCUGCUCUCGCAGCUGUGUUCUGCCAUUCCGACUGCGCAGAGCGAGCCGUGCGAUGAUGCGGACGGCAACAAGCUGGGCGCCGUCGCCAGCGAGUCCAAGGAAUGCUCGGAGGUCGGAGCUCAGAUCCUGAAGAAGGGCGGCAAUGCUGCAGAUUCCAUGGUCGCUACGGUGCUAUGUGUGGGGGUGAUCGGGAUGUACCACAGUGGCAUUGGAGGUGGAGGCUUCAUGCUCGUCCGCUCGAAAAAUGGCAGCUACGAGUUCAUCGACUUCCGAGAGACCGCUCCCGCUGCCGCCUUUCAGGACAUGUACAACAACAACAACACCGACGCCAGCUUGUACGGCGGCCUGGCGAGUGGAGUGCCGGGAGAGUUGCGUGGCUUGCAGCACCUGCAUGAGAACUAUGGCAAGCUGCCGUGGAAAGACUUGGUCCUGCCAAGCGUCAAGAUUGCCAGAGAUGGCUUCGUCGUCGGCAAAGACCUCGUUAAGUACAUGGACUCCGCUGUCGCCUCUGCCGAAGAUGUUGUUGGCAACUUUUUGGUAGACGAUCCCAACUGGGCGAUCGACUUCGCGCCCAACGGCACGCGUCUUGGGCUGGGCGACACCAUCACUCGCAAGAGAUAUGCAGCCACGCUUGAGACCAUCGCUGAGCAUGGCCCCGAUGCCUUUUACUCUGGUCCCAUCGCACAGACGUGGAUUAAUCAUACCCGAGCGACUGGUGGCAACAUGACUCUGGAGGACCUGAAGAACUACACAGUCGCCAUUCGCAAGCCAGCCUCCAUUGCCUACAGAGACUUCAACAUCCACAGUUGCAGCGCUCCGUCGUCUGGCACCAUCGCCAUGUCCAUCAUGAAGAUCAUCGAGGGCUACAAAAACAUUGGCUGGGCGUCAGCUGUCAACGAAAGUACCCACAUCUUCAAUGAAGCUCUCCGUUUCGGAUACGGCCAACGCGCCAAUCUGGGCGACCCUCUUUUCGUCGAAGGCCUUGACCAGUAUCAAGAAGAAAUUCUCAGCGAGGCGGUCGUUUCCGAAGUGCAAGCCAAGAUCAGCCCUCUUCAGACGUUCAACACAUCAUAUUACGAUCCUUCCGGACUGGAGUCACUUGAGACGCCCGGUACCUCCGCCGUGACGACUGCUGAUGCCGACGGAUUGGCCAUUGCCCUGACUUCGACUAUCAAUCUCCUUUUCGGCUCAAAGGUCUUGAUCCCCGAAACCGGCAUCAUCGCCAACAACGAAAUGAACGAUUUCUCCGUCCCCGGUCAAAGCAAUGCUUUCGGCUUCAUCGCCAGCCCUGCCAACUACGUUGCACCUGGGAAGCGCCCUCUGUCCAGCAUCACGCCCACCAUUGUCGAGCACUCCAACGGUACCCUCUACUUCGUCACAGCAGCGGCUGGAGGCUCGAGAAUUCUCACCGCAACUGUGCAGAAUUUGUGGAAUGUACUUGACAAGAAUGCGACAUCUGCGGAGUCUCUGGCCGCUCCUCGCCUGCAUGACCAACUUGUGCCCAAUCAAGUGUCAUUUGAAUAUGCGUACGACAAUCAGACUGUGGCGUACUUGGCUUCUCUCGGAAGUAAUGUUACUUGGGUGGCUCCGGGAGGGAGCUCAGCCCAAUGUCUGCGCCGUCUUAGCAACGGCACGUUCGAAGCUGCGGGCGAGCCGAGACAGUUUGAUAGUGGCGGUGUUGUGGUAUAAGGCUUCUUCCUACGCUUGCGUACCAGGUGGGCUGGAGGGACACUGCCAUUGCUAUAAUCGAUCAAGGAAAUCGUUGGAAAAAGAGA